AAGGUGCAGAUAGGCCCCUUAAGUGGGAGCCCUUAGAGCGUUUUACUCCCCAUACUAACUGUGUGUGCAAUUUAACCCCUAAACUACCAAAAAUCACACAUUUAAGCCCCCACGACCAAACGCCGUUAGUCAACGUCCGAUUUUUUUUUUUUUUAAUUUUAAUGCAAAUGCUGGGGCCCACUAUUAACGAUUUGCAACGGCCUUUUAAUUUGGGGCAUUUUUCAUAAACGAAAGAACCCUAAUUCGCGAUUAGGGCUCAAAAAUUUGUGGCUUGUUCAUCAGAUUUCUUCGCAUUAGCGUAGGGCUUGUUCUUGUUGUUUGUCGUCGACAUCUUACCAUGAGUUUCAAUUCAGGGAGUGGGUCUAACUCGUCGCGGGAUUGGCGGCAGAGGAAGAACGAGUAUGAGGGUGAUUCGAGGUAUUGUUUUUGCGUGAAUGAAGGUAAGAGGUUGAAAGCCCCGAUAAGAACUUCAUGGACCGAAGACAACCCCGGAAGAAGGUUCUACGGCUGUAAAAAUUGGAAGACCAAAAAAUGUAGAUAUUUCAAAUGGCACGAUGAGCCUAUGGGUGAGAGAGCUAUUGAAGUUAUAAAUGAGUUGAAGAAUGAGAACUUGAAGCUCAUUGAAAUGAACUCAAGAUCAGCCACACCAAGUGAUGUAGAAGCUGAAAUUGGUCUUCUUUGGGACAUGAUUGAAGGUUUGAAAGAUGAAUCGAAAAGAGCAAGAACCACAAAUAGAUUGUUUGUGAGCAUUUUGAUUGUAUCAUGGUUGGUGUUAAUCUAUGUAGUGUUAGCUUAAUGGCAGAAUUAUUUUGGUUGUUAGUUUUUGUUAAUCUACCUGCCAUUUUGUAGCUUGUAGAACAAAUGUAUCUUCACAUCGUUGGUAUGCAAAGAUUUGAAAUUUAUGGAAAGCAAUAUGUUCAUAUGAA